AUGCAUUUUUUAUUUGUAUUAGUUUAUAUUUUUUUGAAAAUUUUUCUUGUAUGUUGUUCACAACCAAAACGUGUUGUUAGUCAAAUGUAUGUAUCAUUUGAUCGUGCACGUUAUUGUGUUCGUCGUCUUAAUGGUACACAUGAAAUUGGUUGUCAAUCAUCAAUACGAGGCAAUUCUGGUCGAAUGUAUAUAAUUGAUAAUGAUGAAGAAUUUAAUAUAUUUAUUACAGAUAAUAAAAUAAUUGACUCAUCAAGUUCAUUUAUUAUUGUACUCAAUGUAAAUUUAUUUGAUUCAAAUUAUAUUGAUCAUUUAAUGAAAUAUCUUGAUAGAAAAUUAAAUGGUCUUUUACUUUAUUUAAAAUCAAAUAUAUCUCGUCCAUUAGAUUUUUCACAUGAUGAUCAAUGCCCAAAUAAUCGUUAUCCAUUUUAUUUAAAUCAAACAGAAAACAUAAAUUGGAAUUUCAAAGGAACUGGUUUAUUUUUUCGUUCAUUUCCAUUUCCAAUAAUGUUAAUUGAUGAAGAAGAUGAUUAUAAACGUUUACUUGAAUUCUAUCGACAAUUUAAUAGUAGUCAAUCAUCACCGGUUUGUGGUUUAGAAUUAAAAAUAUUUCAAAAUGCAGCACAUACAACAAAAACAUGUAUGAGAAGAAAUGAUAUAUCACAUUCAUUAAUUGAUCUUCAAGAAAUGUUUUGUGAUCCAAUUAGUGGUUUAAAUAUUUAUAGUAAAUUACUUCAAUCGAUUAAAAUUAAACCUAAUGAACGGUCAUUAAAAUCAGUUAUUCUUAUUUUAGUAAAUACAGAUAGUUUUCAAAUGUUUUUAAAAACAAAAGGAUCAACAGGUGGUGUUCAACAACCAGCUAUAGCACUUAUUACAUUUUUAACAUUAGCACAUCUUAUUGGACAAGAACAAGAUGAAUUUAAAAAACAAGAUAAAGAAAUUAUAUUUGUAACACUUGAUGGUGAUGCAUUAGAUUAUUCAGCUUCAUUUAAAUUUAUGUUUGAUAUGAUUAAUGGAUAUUUUCCUAUUGGUAAUAAAAAUGAACAACCUAUUAAAAUUGAACAUAUUCAUUCAAUUAUUGAACUUCAAUCAUUAAGUAUGACGAAAAAAAUUUGGCUUCAUACACAUCCAUCAUCAUUGAUUAAUCAAACAUUUAUCGAUAUACUACUUCGUAAUAAUCCAAUGAUUAAUCUAAUUCCAUCUAAUUCUCCAUUACCACCAGCAUCUUCACAAAUAUUUCUUCAACAAACAUCAUCAUCAUCUUUUCCUGCUUAUAUAUUAUCAUCAACAAAUCAAAAUCAAUUCUCAAAUCAUUAUUAUCAUUCAUUUUUUGAUGAUCUAUCUACAAUAUCAAUAAAUAUAUCUACAUUAGAAUAUAAUACUACUACAGAAAUUAGUCUAUGGAUUAAACAUAUCGUUGAACCACUUGCUCAAACAUUAAUUGAAUCAUUAGUUGGUAUAAAAAAAGAUGUUAUUAUUAAACAAGAAAUUAUUAAUAAUUUAAUUUAUUGUAUUUUAAAAAAUCUUAAUUGUCCUUUAAUUCAUAAUGUUACUAAUGAAUCUGUUGGUAAUACAUUUCAACCAUUUGAUCAUACAUCUAUGCCAUUUUCCGUUAAUACUUAUCCAAUAUCAACAACACCUACAUUUCCUUUUAUAAAAUAUGUACUUAGUUAUUUUUUACGUGAUCGUUCAUACGAUAGACAAAAUUUAACUGAAAUAUUAUGUAAACAACGUGCAUAUAAUGAUAGUUUUGGUUCAUAUACAUUUGUUGGUGGAUAUACACCAUCAAUAAUAAAUGAGAAUGCAUUUUCUGGUUAUUGUGUUCGAACAUAUAUACGAUCUGUACAAUCAAUUUCACCAGCAUUUGUUAUUGAAAAUUAUGAUUUAUCUCAAACAACAUAUCCAGCAUGGACUGAAAGUCGAUGGACAACAAUUAGUUUACGACUCUUCAUUAUUCCAACAAGGACACAUGAAAUAAUUACACUUAUUAUUGGUAUUUUACUUACUUCUAUAUCAUUUUGUGUUCUUUUCUUUUUACGUUAUUAUACAAAGAUUAGUCUUUUACAACCUUCAUCAUCAUGA